UCUAUUGUUUAUAAGCUUUGUUGAAAAAUAAACUUUGGCGGAGGACUAACCGUUCCUUAAACUUGGCCAAGAUGCACCAGGCCUAUAGUGUUCACUCGAUCCUGAAACAAGGCGUGCAGAUAGAGUCCAUAGCGGCGUAUGGCAACCAUGUCAUUCUAGGCACCCGCAGUGGACAGCUGAUCAUGUACUCCGUUGACGAGGAGACCGGCGUAGACAUGCGGAUGUUCAACAAGAACUUCAGCCGGAAACCAAUCACCCAAAUGGAAGUGAUAGAGGCUGAAAACCUACUUUUUGUCCUUACUGACAAUCAUGUUCAGGUGUGCGACAUCAGCCGGUUUGAAAGUAACUUCGCCUUCAUGCACAGCGCUCCGGAUACGAAGGGCUGCACCCUGUUUACUAUGGACGUGGACUCGCAGAAGUCAACUACCGGCGAUGUGGCCACCUUCAUUCGGGUGUGCUGCGCUAUUAAACGGCGUCUAGUGUUCUUUUUCUGGAAAAAGGAUAAGCUGGACUCACUGAAACUGAGCAUCGAACUGAGCGAUUUUCCCAAGAGUCUCUGCUGGGUGGGCCAUGCUGUUUGCGUGGGUUACAAGGACGAAUAUGUGGUCUACGACAUAUCCGGCCAAAAUCCGAAAAAACACAAUCUGUUCCUAACCUCCUCCAAUAUUAGCAGGGAUCCAUGCAUUUGCCUUAUACGCAACAACAUGCUGGGCAUUUCCAAAGAUAGCUACUUAGUGUUAGUGGAUCCCAGUAAGUACAAGGAUACCGAUGGAAACAACAGCUCGACUGAUGUGCGAUCAAGUGGGAUGGAGAGUAACACUUCCCUUACUCCGCUUCUCUGGUCAAGUCCUUUGUUGGAUUUGGUCUGGGAUGAGCCUUACGCCGUAGGUCGUGUUAACAAUGCCAUUGAGGUGCGCAGCCUGGUGGGCAAGGACACUCUUGUGCAGACCAUUCCCGAGCUUCAGAAGACUAGAUUCCUGGUCCAUGCCGAAAAGGGUACCAUUUUCGCGGCCGCCACCUCGGAGCUUUGGUGCAUCCGGAUGGUGGAAAUUCCCAUGCAGCGACAACAGUUACUGCAGCAAAAAAAUUUCCAGCUGGCCAUUGAGUUGACGCAAAUCUCUGAUGAACCAGCAGAGGAAAGAGCCCAAACCAUUCGUCAGAUACACAUGCUCUAUGCAAAAGAGCUCUUUACCAAAAGGGAGUUCUCUGCGGCCAUGAAGGAAUUCGAGAAAGCGGCCAUAGAUCCAUACGAUGUAAUAAGACUGUUUCCGAACUUGGUACCUGAACCUAAACCAGGCGCCGAUGACAUUCCUGUGCCCACAUCCACUGCUCCCGCGCUGGAAGACGGAGACCUGGAGAACGCUUACUUGGCACUCAUCGAAUAUUUGGCCUUGGCGCGCCAACGAGAGGUAGUCAAGUUGCGCGACACCAAGAGCAGUUCAAAGUCUCUAUUAGAGAUUAUCGAUACCACGUUGCUUAAGUGCUAUCUGCAGACGAACGAUUCUCUUGUGGCACCGCUCCUCAGACUUAACCAGUGCCAUCUGGAAGAGUCGGAGAAAACGCUAAAGAAGCAUAAUAAGAUAUCGGAGUUGAUCAUCCUGUACCAGAUGAAAGGCAAGCACAAGGAUGCCCUGAAACUUCUUCGAGAGCAGGCAAAUAUCGAAGGAUCAGUGCUGCAAGGUCGCAAGCGAACUAUUCGUUAUUUGCAGGAGCUAGGCAGUGAUCAUCUGCCGCUGAUUUUUGAGUUCGCUGAUUGGGUACUGAAAGAUAAUCCCGAAGAAGGUCUAUCAAUUUUUACCGACGAUUUUAUCGAAGUAGAGUCAUUGCCGCGGGCAAAAGUCUUGGACUUUCUUAUAAGCAAACAUAAAGCUUUAGUUACUCCCUAUUUAGAACACGUGAUUACAGUGUGGAAGGACAGCAACACUCUCCUCCACAAUGUUCUCCUUAAGCAAUAUCGCGAGCAGGUGCAGCGUCUCCUUGCCAAGCAGGAAAAAGGAGAGGAAGUUUCCGAACUAAUUCCAACAAGGCAAAAACUUUACAACAUGCUGGAGGAGUCUAAUGACUAUUCGCCAGAUCGUGUCCUAGAAGAAUUCCCCACCAACAUGCUGCUGGAAGAGCGAGCACUCAUUUUGGGUAGACUUAAAAAGCACGAUAAAGUGCUGUCAAUCUAUAUCCAAGUUCUGGGCGAUGUCGCCAAGGCAACUGCCUAUGCGGAGGCCAACUUUAAGGAUGAUGAAAACAUAUUCCAUUCGCUUAUUAAGUGUAUUCUGAUACCACCCACUCAGCCGCCCUAUGAAGGUGUGCCAUUGCAUCCAGAUUUCGUCGAAGUCAAUCAAGAGGUGGCCCUGGACUUGCUCAACAAAUAUGCCACAAAAAUCGAUCCUUUCCAGAUCUUCGAGCACCUUCCCGAUGAUCUGCCAAUGCCUCGGCUAGAGAAGUACCUGGAGAAGUCGAUACGCAAGAAGAUGGCGGACAAGCACCAAAUGCAAAUGAUGGUCGGUUUGCUGGAGGCGGAGGCCAAUCGUUUAGAGCGGGCUGUGGAGGCUCAGAGAGAAAUAAGUUUUGAAUUAAACGAGUUCAGUGUGUGUCCCGAGUGCAAGAAACGCUUCCCCAGCCAGCCAGCCUUUGUGCGCUACCCAAACGGACAGAUCGUGCACCUUUCCUGCCACGAUCGAAUCGCCAGGGCGGCUGCUCAGCAAUAAGUUGAAUACUCUAUUGUGAUAACUGAUCAAAGUGUAAUGUGCGAAUUAAAUGUAACUAGGUAUAUAAUUGAUUUCCUUUGUAUAGCUUAUGUUUUUUAAAUAAUACUUUGACAGAUUUAACUGAAGAAAAAUAACUUUGUGUUUGUAUUAUAUUUAUGUAAACUAAGGACUUUCUCCUAAAUAGAUAUAUUACACUUUAAAAUAAAAAGUUGUCCUCAAGAGCAACAAGAACAUAAAACACAA